GCCGGGUGUCCGCCCAUCGCGGGAAGGUGAGGGCCUUGGGGCCGGGGUGAGGGGCCGUGGGGCGGGCUGUGGAGGCGGUCGUUAAAAUAUUCCGGUGCGUUUGCAGGGUAUUUUGAAUUAACGGCUAUCAUGUCAGCAGGGGCUGUUACGAUAGCAGCCAGGGACUGACAGACCCAGAGGACUGACGUCAUCCUUUUUUAAGCCCGCUUUUUCUUUGCCAUGGGUUGGCGGGCGGGCCCUCCGUGUCACCACAGCCCUCACGUCCUCAGGCCGCCGUUAGCCUGGCUUUAAAACAGGACAGCGUUAUAGCGGCGCCACCUCCAACAUAAAUACAGAAACGUUCAUUUAGAAUCAAUUUUGGGACGUUUCAGACUGUAAAGUUCUUUUAACGAGAUCUCUGCUGAGGACAGAGGAGCUCUUUAUGGGACUGUAAAUUUCAUGCAGGCGGUCCCUGUGAAAUGCAGGCUCCCCCUGCUCGGCGGCUGCUCUCCCCAUAUCAAUCACAUGCCUCGCAAGUAAUGUUUCACAAAUAUUCUGUAAAUCACAGGAAAAGGCUUGCAAUAAUGUGAAAUAUGACUUUCACUUGACUGUUUCACCAGAGGCCCCCUAGCAGGCCAUUCUCCUGUCAGCACUAACAUUUGUUAUGGCUAAUAACACUUUCAAUCACAACUAUUUUGGGAGAAUGGAUUUAUUUGCAACCUGCUUCCCCACAAAGGAGAUCCUGAGAACGCCCUGCCAAGGGCACGGGCUCUUUGCAGAGCACAGGCCGUUAAUUCCCACAUGAAAUUUCAUCUCAUCGCAGUUCUCGGUCCUCUUAGCCAACUUUCUGAAGCCUUUGUUGGUUUGUUUCCCAUCGCCAAGAUGCAUUUCCAGCUCCCGGUUACUGUUUUCAGGCAGCUUCAGGCAGAAGAGAUCAUGACAUCUGUCAAAGAGCAGGAGGCCAUCAAGAAGCUCAUGGUUUUCCUGCAAGAAUGGGACAGUGCUCACAGAGUUGCUCGAAACCACAUCCUGGACAACUUCAUUAGAAGCAAUAUUGGCAAGACAGAACCAGAGCUGGAGCUGGAGUUCUCCCAGGGAGCCAGCUUGUUUCUGGCUCGCCUGGCAGCAUGGCUGAGGGUGACCUACAUGUACAGCACAUGCAUCAACAAGCUGCUCAAGUCCAUCGGCAUCUUCUUAUCUGCUGCAAGUGGCCGCAGAUACAUUAUUGAAUUUCUGGAGAUGGGAGGCGUCUUGAUGCUCCUGGAAAUACUAGGGCUGAACCACCUGAACGAAGAGGACAAAAGGGAGUCUGUAAAGCUGCUUCAGCUCAUCGCAGACGCUGGCAGGAAGUACAAGGAGCUCAUUUGUGAAAGCUAUGGCGUGCAAUCCCUUGCUGAGCUGUUGGCCACCUGCAGCUCGGCAGAGGUUCGGGAUGAGGUGCAGAUUUUGCUGGACUCUCUGGGCCGCGGCAACCCCAAGUACCAGAACCAAGUGUACAGCGGCCUGCUGGCAGUGCUGCCCUGCGGCUCUCCCCACGCCCAGCAGCUGGCUCUGCAGACACUGCGCAGCAUGCAGGUGAGCGGUGGAGGCAAAGGGUGCCCCCAGGGGUUGGAAAGCCCGCAGUUAUGCCAGAGAGAAAGGCCCGGCCCCAUUCGCAGCACUAGCUGGGGUUGCCCCCUGCCCAUAGGGGGACGGCGGGGAGCACUGCACGCACCUGCCUCCUCAACCCGCCCUUGUCCCCCAGGACCUGCUGGAAGAGCCUCCGCCGGCUGGAGUGGCGCCGCUGCUGGCAGCACUGGGCACGACACACCCCGAGGUGCAGUACGAAGCCGUCCAGCUGCUGCUCGCUGUCGCGUCCCGGCGCGCCCCGCCCGCCCUGUUGCCCGGCCUGGUGGCCCUGCUGACCCCGCCCGGGAGGAAAGCACGAGCCAAAGCGUAUUAGCCAAGGAGUCAGCAGAAGUGGCUGAAGAGCUGAUCCAGCUGAAAGUGGUGCACGGCCUGAUGGUUGCGGUGGGGAACCUGGAUUAUCCACUCAGCCAGAGAAAUGCCAGCAUCUCCCUGGAGUAUUUUGUUCGCAUGUAUCCCUUUGUGGAGGAGCAUGUAAGGAAGGCAGUAGGGGACACACUGUUCCAGCUCUUUAAGGACUGCCCUGAGACCUGGUACACAAAAAUAGAUCCAGUCCAGGCUGAAGAAUUGGCCUCCAAUCCAGUGGACAGCCCCAAAGACAUGGCAAAGAUGCAAUCUGCAGAAGCUGGCUGUCCAUUAACUGAUUUGUCUGGGGAUAAUCACUACUUUGCCACAUCGUUUUUCUUGCCAAUUCACAAGAUCUAUGGAGAGUUCCGUGCAUUUGAGGAAGAUCAGCAUGCUCUAGUACAGAACAACUUUUGACAUAUUGAGUUUCUUGGACUACUCCUCUCUCUCAGGUACAAGGGGAUUUGUACUGUUGAUUUCCAAUACUAAUUUCCCUUCUCUUGCAUCGUACACAACAAGAAGGCCAGACAAGUGCAGCCAUUCACAGCUCAUAGAAAAGCAAAAGUUUUGGCCAGCCGUGACGUUAAGAGAACUCUUAAAUCAGCAGUCAAUCGACAUCAGCAUCACUCAACUCUAUUAUAAAUAGACCUGUAACACUGUCACUUGCAACUCAAAAACAAGAGCCAACUAAAAAGGUGAAAAACACGUGAAUUUCCUAACUCCCAGCACCUCAAGAAAAAUAAUGCCUUCAGAGCCCUGCACUUCUACUUUUUCCUCAUCUGCCUUUGCUCAGAACGCUGUACAGACAAAGAUGACUGAGCUAUGGCACACCAGCUAGCACUUCAGCUGCCUGGUCUGAAACGUCUCCAGGAGCAGUUACUGCCUAUGGGGACUGUUUGAAGAGAUGUCAUUUGAUGCUGCUGUUUCUUUCUUGCCCUUUCCAUUGUCAUUUUGACACCUUUUUGGCUCAAUUGUCACUUAGCUUCUCCUGUUUGCAGCACUUGCAAAGCUACAUCCAAAACUUCAAACCUCACAGCAGCACAAACUUCCUAGCAACGUUUAAAGCCACGCCAAAGAAUAACUACAACAGUGCUGGAGAAAAGGGCAACAUAUCAAGAAAUCCCAGCUCUCAGGAACAGGAGAGCAAUUGGUUGGCAGAGGUUCUGCACUCAGGAGUGUGAAGCAUUGGUACAUACUGGUAUGCUGUGUUUAGCAUUGCCUGAACGAGCAGCCUUACGCUGCACUAUUACAGCCACAAUGGAAGACCACUGCUUUACAGGGAUGUAACAGAACAAUGUUUUUCUCACCUUCCCGUGGAGCAGGAAUUUUUGAUAGAGUUGAUCUACGCUUCUGUAUCUGGAAAACAACGAGAGCUAUUAAUAACCAGAAUAAGCCGUGAGCACAUAGGGCAGCACUACAGAACAACAUCAGUGCAGCAAGGACUUCUGAUUGAAGUCUGUGAGACAGAACACAGAGUCAGAUGUCUCUAACUUGUAAGACUGACUAUUAUUAACACCAAGACCUGGUUUUAAGUGUGCUGCUGCCACUGGGGAGACUAAAGCACUUACCUGU